AUGUCCAAAAGUGACGAGAGGGCGCAAUCGCUAAGGGCGGAUUCGCCAGCGUUCAGGCCGUCUAGCGGGUCUGCCGCGGGUGGGCUGAGUGCUUCGAUGGGCGAGCUAGGCACAGACGGCGGCGGAUCGGGGCCGUCGACCGGCAGUCCUCUGAACAGCGCAGCGCGCAACGGUAGCCCAGGCAGGUCCCCCAAGGCACGGUUCAAUCCUAAAUCACGAUUCAAUCCCAACCGCAGCUUUACAGUAGCUGAUCGUCGAGGUGGAAGUGGUGCAAGCAGCCCUGGUCCAGGUAGUUCUGCUGGUCAGGCCGCGGCGUUGCGUCCAACAUCCUCAGAAGGGGUCGAGGCCAAGAAAUUCAACCCGACGUCCGUGUUCAGUCCAAAGAGACCACCCUCUGGGGCCGCUCCAUCUGGUCCUGCUGCCUCGUCUUCGCCAUUGGUGCCGAACUCAGGUCUCAUUCCCCCCACUGGCCCUGCAGGAGUGCCAACUGGGCCGGCAGCGUCAAUUGCUGGUUCAAAUGCGGUGCCCGAGGUCGGUGUAUUUAGCGAUUUGACUCCAAAGUUUUCUCCGAUGCUGUCGGAGUAUAACCAGCUGUACCAUGCACCGCUGCAUCCUCUUCAGUACCAUCUAUAUGCGCCCACUCCGUUCCGGGUGCGGCCGGCACUCGAGGCCCAUCAGCGGGCGGCUCAGGACCUGUUUAUUAGCUCUGAUUUACGGGAAAUGCUGCAGAGACGCAACGAUGCUAUUUUACAGGUCUUACCUACCACAACUUUGCCUGAAUUCGUGCAUGUGUACCACUCGCUGAUGCCGCUUGACACGAAGCUGGAUUCAAAGGGCCGGUUUGGCCAGAAGAUGUGGCGAUACAAGGCGAUUUCAAACACAGACGGUCGGACUUAUUGUUUGCUCCGCGUCGAAAACUACGAGCUGCCCCGCGAGCAGGCCCUGUCGUUCAUUGCAAAGUGGGUGAGGGUCGCCUCUAGUGCCCUGGUUGGCGUGGUAGAGGCAUUCACAACCGUGGCAUUCGGUGAUAGCUCAUUGGUGAUUGUAUACGAGUACUACCCGCUUGCAGAACCCAUAGAGACUGCAUACAGCUCGGGAACACUGCCCGAGGGUCUGCUGUGGUCGUUUGUUACCCAGGUGGCCGGCGGAUUGCACGCUAUCCACCGUCACAAUCUGGCUGCUGGCGUGCUGGAUUGUCGCAGCAUCCUUGUGACACAAAAGAAUCGGCUGCGGAUAGGGUCUUGCGGACUGCGGGAUGUCUUGGAGUACGAUACACUGCCUCCCACCAUCGAACGCCAACGCCAAGAUUGGUACCAGCUUGGUGAAAUGCUGCUGAAGCUCACUGCUGGCUCGUCUUCAACCAAGGACAGCAUUGAUGCCAGACAUCCUGCAAUGUCAAAGUAUUCGCCGUCAAUGAUGGCGUUUGUUGACCUGCUGCUCGACUACGAGCCCACUCCGGCCGACUCGGUGGUCAACGAGCAUGGCGAGCGGGAUACGCUGGAGGCCCAAGUCAUGAGGGCACUGGCCCCGCACCUGCUUCGUGUUGUGGACACUGCGUUUGCUGCAGUCGACGAUCUCGAAGCAACGCUUUCCCACGAGCUCGAAAACGCCCGGCUUGUGAGACUGCUGUGCAAACUGGAGUUCGUCAUGGGGUGGGCCGAGCAGGCUAACGACCCCACCUGGGCGCCCAGUGGAGAGCAGUAUCCACUCAAAUUGUUUAUGGACUACGUAUUUCAUCAGGUGACGGACCAGGAGCGGCCGUCCUUGGACCUGGCCCACGCGUUGGCGGCACUGAACAAGCUGGACGCCGGAAUAGACGAAAACAUCCUGCUGGUGUCACACGACGAGACGGUGCGAAUGGUUAUAAGCUACAAGGAGCUGCGAACGAUGUUUGACCAGGCAUUCCGGGCGCUACGCAAAGAGUGA